CGUACGAACGAUCGAUACUCAGUCUUGUUUCAGCCUUACUACGCGUCGCUUCUUCGAUCGCCGUGAAAUUAGUAAUUGAAUUUAGCACAUUCGUUCGAGAUCGAAUAUCCAAAUCAGACAUGAAGUUCUACCUGCUGCUUAUCGCCGCCGUGUCGUUUUUGACCUACAUUAGCUGUGGCCUGCCCGAAACUCAACCGAAAAGCUCCGUUCCCCUCGCUCCAUUCACAGAUGGCUGUAUCCAGUGCAACUCCAAGGACAACGAGCGCUGCGCCACCAAUCCGCUAAGCCUGCUCAACAGGAACUGCUCCGACGGAUCCUCCGACUGCUACUCCCGCGUCCUGGAUGGCUACACGAUCCGCGGCUGUGCCGUUGACCUGAACAACGCGACCCGGAGCACGUGCAACAACGAGCUGGUGUGCCAGAUCUGCUACUCGAGCGCCGGCUGCAACAAGAACAUCUUCCCGAUGACGCGGGCGCAGUGCCUGCAGUGCUCCGGCAACUCGACGUCCUCGGAGUGCGCCAGGGACAACUACAGCGAGGUGAAGAUCUGCCCGAUCUACAAGUUCGGCGACCAGUGCUACAUCCGCAACAGCAACCGCACCGUCGACGGGUCCUUCCAGCGCGGCUGCCUCACCUCCGCCCAGUCGAACAAGCAGUGCGUGAAGAGCGGCAACUGCUACGUCUGCGAGGGACGCGGCUGCAACUUCCUCAACGCCAACGACACCCUCAUCCCGCUGGCCCGCGACUCCGGUGUCUCCGUGGUCCUCUCCACAUCCCUUCUGCUCGCCGGCCUUCUGGCCGCCUGGAGGCUCUAAGGAAUGCGAAAAGCACGAGUCCAUGGAUGAAAGUCAGUCCUCCCACCAUUCCAGCUCCCAAAGACUUCGUCCUCUGCAUUAAACGUUUCAAUUCAGCAUUACAGCAUCACAAUUGAUUUAAUCUUUUUUUUACACAACUCUGUCUUUGUUAUGUCUUUGCCUUGAACAAAAAUAAAGAUACAAUUUUGAUGAGACAUAAAGGAA